CGUCCUUUGGAGACCGGAAAAUCCGUGAAAACUGUCGGGCUACUCAAGCCACGCAGCACACACACACACCCCAGCCGAAAAAAGCAAGGAACGGAGAAAAUCCCUGUGAAAAGCAGCCACCUCAGCGAAAUUUAAGAACAAUUAGCGGAGAUGCCAAGCCUACUCCGUGGAAAAACGCAUGCAAAUUAAAGGCCGAGAAGAGCACCAGCGAAAAACGUCCACUCCGCGUUUUUCCUACGGCUUUUCCCAUCGCUUUUUUGGCCAGCGCAAAUAUCGAUUGCUGGCUGCCUUGCAUAAGUCCACGAAGAUUAGUAUACAAACGCAGAGCAGUCGAAACCGUCUGGAAAAGCGAUUCAAAUGACAACGAACAACAGGCCGUACUCGUAGUAAUUAAGUUUUUUAAUCACCAAUAUUGGAGCCAUCAUGGAGCAGCUGAAGUCGGCGAUUUCAAAGCCUGGCCCAGACAAUUGACACGGAAAAGCGACGAAGACUUCCCAGGAUAUAUAUAGAAGUUGAUUGUACCCAACGACGUGUGUGUGUGUGUGUGUGUUUGCCCCUGUUUCGCUUUUAUUUUCCUUUCCAUUUUAUUUCCUUUGUUGGCUGUUUGAAAAUGGAUAUUGCCUUGCGUGGCACAAACACAGCAUCAUCAACAUCAACGACUGGAACUGGUCUGCAUCAUGCUGUGUCACUGGGCAACAUUGAGGUCUCCACCAAGACCACCUACUCCAGCCACAUGGAUCGCAGCUACGACUCCGAGGACGAGCACACUGGUCGCCGAAGACUUCGCCACACACUCUCCACCGAGCUGCAGCCUCGCACUUCAGUCUACUCACGCGGAGAUAUAAGGGAACAGUACUGCCUCACAGAUCGCCAGCUGCACAGCAUAGAGCAGCGUCCUAGGCGGGAACGAUUUUUUGGCUGCCUUUCGCGACGUGGUCAAACGCAGUCGGGCGGUUUUUUGGGCGGCUGCGUGGGUCGCCGAGUGCCCUCCGAUGAGAAUCUGGCCGCCUACGCUCCUUUUGAAAAGUAUCCACGCUACCAGAACAACUACACAGACACACACGAAUUGGAAAGUUCCUAUUUUCGCCGUCAGCCGGCUUCGAUUUUGAGCACUGGUAAAUCGGGUGAAGCGGACCUGGGAGGUCGUUACACCUGGAUUGGCCAGCAGCAGGUGCCACAGGUGACCAACAACAACGCCGACUACCCAUCGGACCACAGCUCGUAUCACUGCCCCACAUACGCCACGAUGCCAACCACGUACCACCAGCACCACCACCAACAGCAGGGCGGCAAUGUGAGAACAAAGCACGUGAGCUUCGCCAGGUCACACACCCUCACCAGCUUCGAUAAUGUGAAUGCCGGAUUUCGAUCUUCCGGGCGAUUGAAAACCGCCCGAAGCCAGGAGCGAUUAAUUGGUGGCAAGAAGCCCAUCAUCGCCACGGGCUCCAUGUACGAGACCCUGCAGCCGCCUCUUCAAGGCCAGCAGGCGCAACAGAGCUCCACCCUGCCGAAAACCUGGCUGCCGCCUCCGGUUCAACUGCAGCCCUGCCAGCACCACCAUGCCCCCAUCCACCUGCACCAAAAUAUUCCAGACAACAUGGUUGGCCUGAUCAUACCACAGCCCCUGCCUCUGGCUCUGCCACUGCCCAGUCCCGAAGUUCUCAUCGUGGAGAAGAAGUUCCGCAACGCCAUGAAGACGCAGGCCACUCAAACGGAUGCAGCUGCCCGGCGCCAGGGUCAAGUUGGGUACAACACCCAGGUAUUGGCCCUAAGUCCGCGGCCUCCACAUCGUAUUAAGGUUGUCUCCCAGGGGGCUCAAACGAAUGGCCUACAGAAUGGCAAGAAACUGACGAAGAGCCUCUCUGAAAUACCGAAUGGCAAGGAGAUGCCAUCGCACCAUUAUCAGCAGGGAUCGAUUUACCCCCACGAGAUGAUCUACCGCACGCAAUCGCAGGACGUGACCCCCCUGCAGACCCUCUCGGAUGCCCAGAACAACAUCAUGUACUACAAGCCGCCGCCCCCUCUGCUGGACGCCCACAGCUAUGGCCUGGGAAUGGAGCACCUGAGCAGGACUCGACCCUCGCCCUCCGAACAGAACGUGGAGUAUGUGAAUGUGAAUGCCGCCGCGGUGGCCCUGAACGAAAGUUUCGACUACGAGAGCAACAGUUUGCCUCGACGAGCGUGUACCUCGCACACGGACUUCUACUCGAACAGUUUGCCCAGGAGACAGGAUGUGUGCAAGCAUGUCACGGAGUGCUCCGAACUGAUGGCCGACAGUGUUCCCCUGGACUUCAGCCAAUCGCAUUUAUUGCCGCCACCCAGCGAGUACUGCAAGAACGACGACGAUGUGGAAGUGGAGGAGUACUACGACGAGGAGGAGGACCAUCCCCACGAAACGGAGAGCUACAGCUCAGAGGUCUGCAUGGAGCAGGCGGCCCAGCAUCGUCGAAUGUCCAUGCUGCCCCAGAUGAUAGACUCCCCUUUCCGUCGCGAUGAUUUGAGACGCCAGUCGAUGCCGGUCUAUGGUCAAACCGAGAAGCUCAUCGACGGCUUCGGGCCGAGGAGCUCCUUUCGCAGGCGCGACAAGGUCAGCUGUUUCCCCGACGAGCCGCAGCCGGAACCUCGGGAUGAGCAGGAGAUCUUCAUAGACUUCAAGCCACAUGUAUCACCCAAACCGAGUCCCAAGCUGCAGCUGAAGCACCGGAAGCAGCACAAGGCGGAAAUCGCCAUGAGGAAGAUGCAGCAGCAGCGCAUGGCACAGGCGGCAGCCUUGACCCUGCCCAAACUGAAGCCACAGCCAGUCGAAGUCGAGGUUAGAAAAGUUGAACUUGAGCCCAGCGAUGAGGAAGAGGACGAGGAGGAGCCCUCCGAGGCCGAAGAGGAGCCCGACGAGGAGGAGAUCGAUGAGGAUGAGCAGAAGCUGGAGACGGAUCACCAGGAGGACGAGGAGCCGCUGUACGAGAACAUAACGCCCUGUGGCUGUCGGGUGGAUCCACAGCCUGAUCUGGACCAGGAUAUCCAGGACAAGCGCUCCCAGUUCCGCAAGCGCUCCGUGAGCUUGGAUGACGACUACGAGGCCAAGACCUCGGGAACUCCCACUCCCGGCCUCCGACUUCCAUCCACCCCAGCCAGUCCUUGCCGCGAUGAGCUGCUGGCCAAUGUCUCAACUUAUCCCUCCUCAGACUCGCUGGCCAACGACAAUACUCGCGAUCAUUCCGAUGGCAUCUGGAAUGAGUCGCAGGUUACUGUCUUGACGGCUGAGCAGCGCGAUAUAUCCGACGGAUCUUACAGCUCCAAUUUGCUGUUGACUCCCUCUUCCAAGAGGAAGAACCUGCUGCUGCAGCACCAGCAGAGAAGCUCGGUGGACACCGAUGCCCUGGACUUCGAAGAACAAAGCCCCACCUAUGGCCUACAAACACUGCCGAAGAUAAUCAAGACCCCCACGCCAACCGCUUCGAGGCCCGCUUCCACCCAACCCAUGAUGCCUCCACCAGCUAUCGCGGUGACCCCGUCUUCAAAUCAGAUUCUGGACUCAUCUAUAAGUUCGCCACUGCCCAAGAGGAGCAUGGUGGCCAGGGGGUCGGUUCCGGAUGCCCGACAACUCAUGUUCAUGGGUGGAGCCGCCAAACAAAGGCACUCGGACGCCUCGUUCCUGCCCAUGGGCGCCACCGACUACGCCCGGAGUGCGGACAUAUCGGAGUGCAGCACGAAUACAGAUGAGUAUGCCACCUGCACGGACACCUCGAAACGCACACCAGUUUCCACUCAGAGCUCGCAGUUGGAGAAGACCCAUGCCGGCAGUUCCUUCGAAAGCGCCAGUUCCUUGUACUCCAUGAGGGAGGAACUGCUGCAGCAUGACGAGAAGGAGAGGGAUAAGGAAAAGGUUCUGCUUUCCAAGGCCCAACUGAAGUCCCCCAUUGGUUCGGUGGCUGAGCUGACCAGGAAGUCACCAUCGCACUCCAUAAGUAGCACCACCUCUUCGGGCAGUUGUCCUGUCUCGGGGGCAGCUAUCAAAUCGCCUGCCAAGGAAAGUCAGCCACAAACGGUCGCCAGUUCGGGGACGUCACAAGUGAAAGUGAGCACAGCUGAAAGUGUGCCUCCUGGAACUGCACCUGUAAGUGGAACCAAGCCAAAGCCCGAUUCCAUAUCCGAGGAUGAGCGCAGCGAGGUCAGAUACUCCUCCUCCGGCUACUACGAGAGUCCCCACGACGAAGAUGAUGAAGAGCAGGUGAUGCGAAGCAAGGCACGCCGCAUGAGGCACGAAGACGAGAGGAAGAGGCGCAAGACUAGCAUGAAACUGGACAUUGAGAAGGAAAACAUGCGGGCCCUAACGAGUCCCAUUAAGAAGCCCUCGGGUUCCAGCAAAGUCACAUCGCCAGAGCAACAGAUUUCGGGACCUCUGGAUAAUGGCAGCAGUCCCAGCAAGAUGAAGCGCUUCCGUCCCAAGAUACGAAGGCAGUUGAGGAAGAGCUCACGGGAGGAUGUCCUGGCGGCGGCAGCGGUGCGAAGGAGUCGUGCCACGCCCACUAUUUUUGGUCUAAGCAGCGGGAGUGGGGACACAGAGCUCCUGCUGGAUGCCAGCAUGUCAAGUGGCGCCCAAACAGGGACCACAACUAGCGCCCUAGCAGGGUCCCUAGCCGGGACAUGCUCCACCACUACCGUUAUGACGUCUGCUUCUUCCACCACGUCGAAGUUUCCAACAUCGGAGUCACUUACCACGGAGGCAGUAGUUAUUCCACUGACGGUGAGGAAACCCCACAGUUGCGCCACGCCCACAUCCCUGCUCUCUCCCAAGCUGCCCACAACGACAACCAGCGGUACCCAGUCGAAAUCCACAUCGGACACCUUUCAACUCAAGGCCAAGUCCAUUGAAUCCCUGCGCUCCGUGUCGCCCGGCUCCGAUUCGGUGUUCUACAGCGAGGCGGAUGGAAACGCCGCCAGCGGAGAACAGAGUCACUGCCACCACUGCGGCAAGGAAAUGGAGGGCAAGCAGCAGAGCAACACCAUCAGCGAACUCGCCGGGGACUCGGUGGAAUCGAUACCCUACAUCGAGCAGGACAUUGUCAAGCCACCGUCCGACUUCGCCGACUCGCCGGUGACCACCAAGACCACGCAGCGGCUGUACAAGAAGAUGGACAAGCGGUUCCGAUCCGAGGAGCGAUAUCACGGGGAAAGGGGCAGGCACUACAAGACCAGGCAGGAGAACAUCAGGGCCAAGAGCGAGGAGCGUGGUCGCGUUCCCAGCUUACCCAAUACUCCCGUACUGCGACCUGCCGGCUCCAGUCCCUGUGUUUUGCCAGACAUCAACACAGAACAAAACCAGCACAUCAUCUACAAAGGACAUUACGACGCGGGUCGCUACACUCGACUUACCGAUGAUGACUUGUGGACUCAGCUGGACCAUCAGUGUUUCGAUCGUUCCAGGGAACGUCGAGCUUCAACGGAGUCCGAGAAGGGCUUCCACGCCAAGUACCAAGUGAUCCUGCACCGCCUCGUCCAGCGACGUUGUACCCUGGAAAUGUAUCAUCGCCAGAAGCACAACAGCUUUCUUUUGGUCAAAUGUAAAGAAAUAAGUGCGAAAAGUUUUCGGAAUUUCUGUGUGGUAUUUACACAAUACUCAGGCCAAAUGAUUGAACUAAUAGCGUCCAAUUCGACGCCGGAUUCGGUUCGAAGAAAGUUGGAGGAGGUGUUGAAGCUGAUGCUCCUGGUCUGGGCUCGCGAAAGUUUUGUGAUAUCCAACUUAUCCAACGGUGCACAUGGCGUGGAUAAGACCGUGGUGGUCAAGAGCGAUUCCGGGGAGUUUGGCUUCCGCAUACACGGUUCCAAGCCCGUGGUUGUGGCUGCCAUCGAACCGGAGACUCCGGCGGAGAGUUCUGGCCUGGAGGUGGGCGACAUCAUAAUCUCCGUGAAUGGAGUCCAAGUGCUGGACAAACACCACACCGAGGUGGUUAAGAUCGCACACGAUGGCUGCGAGAAGCUGGAACUUCAGGUGGCCCGGACCAUUGGGGUUCUGAUGCACGAACAACUGGAGCCACCAAGUCAGCCCAUUUUCAGUGGAUAUUUGUGGCGACAAAGUGGGCAGGCCAAGGGAGCCCCGAAUUCAAAGAAAUGGGUGCGACGCUGGUUCUCGCUGAGGCCCGAUAAUUGCCUGUACUACUACAAAACGGAAGAUGACUCCCAGCCUGUCGGCGCCAUGAUAAUGGCCAAGCACACGGUGGACCUGUGUCCUGUGGACGUGGGCAAGCCUUUCGCCUUCAAAGUGGAUGCCGGCGAAGGUAUUCCCAUGUACGUGGCCGCCGACUCCGAUGAGUUGGCCAACAGGUGGCUCCAGCUGCUCAGACAAGCGGCCUCCCAGGACAACCAGUGGCUGGACAAGAGUGCGCGGUGCUUGUACCAGAGCCCCACCAACAUUCAGAGGCCCGAUUGCUUUGGCUACCUACUCAAAUUGGGCUCAAGGUGGUGCGGAUGGUCGAAACGCUAUUGCGUUCUUAAGGAUGCCUGCCUCUAUUUUUACCAAGAUGCAAAUAGCAAGAGUGCAUUCGGCAUGGCCUGCUUGCACGGCUACAAAGUGGCCUCUAUGUCCGCCAAUGCAUCCGGCAAGAAGAACUCUUUCGAGAUAAUACCACCAGAAACGAAAUUGCGUCACUACUUUUUCUGCACCGAAAGCGAAAUGGAUAAGAAGCGCUGGAUAUCCGCACUGGAAUACUCCAUAGACCGCUGGAUAAAGUCCGGGUAACUAAGGUUAAAGACCCGCUCCAGAUCGGCCCUGAGCAGCCGGCUCAAGCGUCGCAGUUUCAGCUACUUGAUGGAUUAGGCGGGGCGAUGACGAUAUAUAUGAAUUGAUUUGUUCGACACUAGUACGGGUACUACCAACAACACUUAGAACUUAAGCCAAGCAAACCAAUUAGUUUUAGGCAUAGGCGAUUGCUUAGUCCAAGGAAUUUAGUCGGUCAUUCAAAUCGGGUUUAAAACUAUUUUGAACAAAGCGUACAUACACAAAAUAUAUACACAUAUAGAGGAAUACGAUAGAACAUUUUUGGUGUGUAUUCUUGUUAUAUAGCUUACAACAAAUGGCAUAUAUAUAUACAAAACUUAUGUUUAGUGAGGUUGUCUUGUCACUUAUAUACAUAGAACAUAUAUUUAGCCACAAGAAAGAAAUGAGAGAGAAAUGAUCGUACAGCAGACCAAAUUGAUUGUCUAAUGUAUAUAGAAUUCGGCUAGGCUGAAUCCAAAUUGAAAUGAUUAGGUAUUCAACGGCUCAAAUCCAGGCAAGGCAAGGCAAACGUUUUUUAGAUAAAUGUCUAUUUACAGAAAGGGUAAUACAGAACAAAGAUAAACUCAAGCGAGACCAAAAUUCGAAAUUAUCAGAGUUUAACAGUUCGAAAAGUCAUUAUCGAGGGCCGAGAUCGAGGUGAGCUCCCCAUUUUCCAUAGCUGCUUCCAUCAAAACAAGAACACAACGUUUUGUGAAUAAUCAACAACGGUUUUCGUCCUUAUUGGAAACGAUUAUUAGUUAGGCGCGCUUACGAUAUAAGCCACAAUUAGUUAGUUUUUUGAUAGGUUGGAUUUUUUUAGGAAUCAUACUCACAAACACACGUCACAGCAACGUUCAUGGUAGGUCAAACAAUAAUAUAAUAGCAAUUAAUUCGGAAUCCAGUAGUUACUUUGUCAUAUAAUGAUAUGAUCUUUAAAAAGCUGAUUUCCUGUUUUUUUGGGUCAGUGUUCAAAUACCGAGAUUGAGUGAGGAUGCAACAAUUUUGAAGCUUCUUUUUUGUUUUUAUUAAGACGGUAGCGAAUAUAUAUAAAUAUAUUUUAUAUAUUUUAAAUAGAGAUUUCCAAUUCGGCGAGGCGCAAAAUAAAAUUAGAUAUUAAAUGUACGCAUUACGAUGAUUAUAUGAUAUACAUAAGAGACAGCCAUUUUAUGUUGUAACUCAUCGAGUGGAAAACGAGACAGCAAACCCAAAAACAAAAACAAAAACAAAAGAAAAAGAAAACUAAAUAAGAGCUUUAAUUAUUAAAUAAAGAAUAUACCGAGAACAAA